UGCCGCGGAGGUGCCGGCGCUUGGCACAGCCUCGCUGCCCACUGCCCCCGCCCGGCCCAGCUCCCUCAUGCCGCCGACCGUGGCCGUCGUCGGGGGCGGCAUCAGCGGCUUGGCCGCCUGCUACUACCUGGCCCGCAGCCCUAACCCGCCCAAGGUGCUGCUGCUGGAAGCCAGCGCCCGGCUCGGGGGGUGGCUGCAGAGCACCCGCACCGCCGAGGGCGCCGUGUUCGAGCACGGGCCCAGGGGCAUCCGCCCCGGCGGGGCGGUGGGCGCCGACACGCUGCACAUGGUCUCCCAGCUUGGCUUGGAGGGUGACAUCCUGCCCGUCCCUGGGGACCACCUGGCCUCCAGGAACCGCUUCCUCUACACCGCUGGGGCCCUGCACAAGCUGCCCUCGGGUCUAGGGGGCCUGCUGCGGCCGGUGCCACCCUUCUCACGGGCACUGGUCUGGAGUGGGCUGCGGGACCUGCUGGCCCCGGCCGGGACGGAGCCGGAUGAGAGCAUCCACAGCUUCGUGCAGCGCCGCUUCGGGCGGGAGGUGGCCGACGUGGCUGUGGACAGCCUGUGCCGGGGGGUGUUCGCCGGGGACUGCCGAGCGCUCAGCGUCCGCUGCUGCUUCCCUGCCCUCUUCCAGGCCGAGCGGCGCCGGCGCUCGGUGCUGCUGGGGCUGGCGCUGGGCUCCGGGAAGGAGCUCGGGGCCGGGGCCGAGUCGGAGCUGAGCCGGCGGGCGCGGGCCGAGCGCUGGAGCCAGUGGUCGCUGCGGGAGGGCAUGGAGAGCCUGGCACAGGCGCUGGCAGCCUACCUGCGGCAGCGCGGAGUCGAGAUCCGGUGCCAAGCUCCGCUGCGCCGCCUGAGCCGGCACCGCGACGGCCGCUGGCAGCUCACCCUGGCAGAUGGCACCGUGACAGCUGACCACGUGGUCAGUGCCCUUCCUGCUGCAGCCCUGGCUGGGGUGCUCCCGGCCGAGGCCGUGGCGCUGGCAGAGGAGCUGCGGCGCAUCCCGGCCGUGCCGGUGGCUGUGGUGAACCUGCAGUACCAGGGGGUGGCGCUGCCAGUCACGGGCUUUGGGCACUUGGUGCCCUCCUCGGAGGACGCUCCGCUCCUGGGCAUCGUCUACGACUCGGUGGCCUUCCCCCAGCACGAUGGCAGCGGUGCCAGCUCGGUGCGGCUCACGGUGAUGCUGGGAGGUGCCUGGUUCCAGCAGAGCUUCGGGGACCCAGCGCUGGUGGCACCGGAGCUGCUCCUGGGCCGGGCACAGGCGGCCGUGAGGCAGCAGCUGGGCCUGGAGCCGGCCCCGACCCUCUCCAUCGUCAGGGUGCAGCAGGCCUGCAUCCCCCAGUACACCCUGGGCCACUGGCAGCGCACAGAACGCAUCAGGCAGUUCCUGGCAGAGCAGCAGCUGCCCCUCAGCCUGGUUGGGGCCUCCUACGCCGGCGUCUCCGUCAACGACUGCAUCGCCAGCGCCAAGGCAGCCGUGGGGCAGCUGCUGGGGGCACUGCCCUGAGCCCAGCGGCCCCUCCUGGCACCAGCGGCCCCUCCUGGCACUAGGACAAAGUUUUGUUUUUUAUUGAAAAACCCUUAGAAAGGUUCAGGGAGCAGCUGAUAAAUAGAAUAAAUAACCAGCA